AAAAAAAGAUGGCCGACGGCAGUGAAGUUGCAGUCGUAAAUAAUACAGAAAACUCUGUAGAAGGAACACAAAAUGGAAAUCCAGCACAGCAAGGCCAGCCUGCUCCACAGCAGCAGCAAGGCUUCUUUGGGAUUGUGAAAGGCCUGGUGAUACGCAUGGCUAUCAUAUACAUGAUCAGCAGCUUCUUCCGGCGUGGCUCUACACCUUCCCCGCCUACUGACCCCUCUACUGGCCUGGCUGGGUCAACUAAUGGUGGCUAUACCACAAACCUGUUUGAGAAAGGAACAUACAUGGACCUGUAUGUGUACAUAUCAGAAUUAGAGAGGUUCACCAAUUUCUCUGAGGACUCACUGUUCUGGGCCAAGAAGGGGCUGGCAUAUGGCGACUGGGAAGCAGGGCCAAAUGGGGACGGAACGUUUGAACACUUCGGGACAUUCCCUGCUUCAGCAAGUGUACAGAAUAAUGGCUCUAUAUACCUUCACGUAUAUCUGGUGAAAGAGGGAUACUCUCCUGAUCCAAGAAGUCGCGGCCGCUACAGCAAGAAAGACACAGUUUAUAAGUCAUUCAAGCUUAACAAGUUCAAGAAACGCAAGUUCCACGAGACCAAGAAUCUGCUGACAGGGGAGACAGAGGUGCAUCCAGACCUGAUCAAAAAGCCCAACUCGUCGAAUUUUGAGAUCCUGUCCCACUGGCAUCCCAACCUGACCUUGAACCUUCUAGACGACCAUACAUCCUGGGUUAGAGGUCACAUCCCCGCCCCACUGGACGAGUAUGUAGAUUUUGUGCCAGGAGAGAACAAGUACUACCCAGUGCUGUACUUUAACGAUUACUGGAACCUGAACAGUGACUAUAUGCCUAUUAACGACACCAUCAAAGAGUUGAACCUGACUCUGACGUACAGCCCCAUCUCACUGUUCCGCUGGCAGAUGUACGCGGCCCAGUCAAUGAGAAACAAAUGGACCAGCAUGCUUGGCUCUGAUGUAGGGGAUGACGACCAGGACCAGGAUUCUCUCAAGACUGCGUUCCUGGAGACCAACCCCUACCUGCUGGCUCUCACCAUCAUUGUGUCCAUAAUACACAGCGUCUUUGAGUUUCUGGCCUUUAAAAAUGAUAUCCAGUUCUGGCGCAGUCGCAAGUCCCUGGAGGGCUUGUCGGUGAGGUCAGUGUUCUUCAACGUGUUCCAGUCCACCAUAGUGUUGUUGUACGUGCUGGACAAUGAGACCAACACCGUCGUCAAGUUCAGUGUGGGCAUAGGACUGCUCAUUGAGAUCUGGAAAAUACACAAAGUCAUCAAUGUCCGGGUAGACAGAGAAGACAGACUGCUAGGGUUAAUACCCAAGAUUAAGAUGGAGGAUAAAUCCACCUAUGCUGAGUCUCAUACCAAAGAAUAUGAUGCUAUGGCAUUCAAAUACCUGUCAUGGCUGCUGUUCCCCAUGCUGGGCUGCUAUGCUGUGUACUCCCUAAUCUACGUAGAGCAGAGGGGCUGGUACUCAUGGGUCCUCUCCAUGAUGUAUGGAUUCCUACUCACAUUUGGGUUCAUCAUGAUGACCCCCCAGCUGUUCAUUAACUACAAGUUGAAGUCUGUCGCUCACCUGCCCUGGAGAAUGUUGACCUACAAAGCCCUCAACACAUUCAUAGACGAUAUAUUUGCAUUUGUUAUUAAGAUGCCUACAUUGUACCGGAUAGGAUGCCUGAGAGACGAUGUGAUAUUUUUCAUCUUCCUCUACCAAAAGUACAUCUACCGAGUGGACCCAUCACGUGUCAACGAGUUCGGGGUCAGUAAAGAAAUGUUGGAGGAAAACGGGACAGCUAGUGCAAUAGAAGGCAAGCCUGAAGAAAAAGGUGACAACUCUGCUACUGACUCUGGCAGGGGUGACAACUCUGCUAGUGACUCUGGCAAGCUUCCAGUUGAUACUGAAGCUGGUCCCGCAGAACCAAAGUCUCUACAAGAGAAGAAAAACGACUAAAUGUUUUAUGCUUUUAGUAUCAAUUUUAUAUGGGUAGUCUGUGUCAAUACUAGAUACGCUGUUUCCAGUCAUAAUGAAUUUAAGUCUUCUACAAUAUUUUGUUCAAAUGUAAAUUUGUAUUUGUUAUAGUCUGUUGUGAUUGGUAAAUCAUGGUUCCAUUUUCUAUUGAGGUUUGUCAUAGUUUUUAUCAUAGUUUGGAAGUUAAUUCUUAUUAGCUGGUGCUCAUUCUUUGUUGUUUUGUAAUUGUUGGUGAGCUUUUCAACACCGCUACUUUGAUAUUGGUCGUACCCAGAGUGUUGUGUCAUGAAACUUGGCAGAUACUAUAAGGGCCAUAUUUCUCUGUCUAGUUCUGUAACUAUGCAGAUUGCUUGAAGGUCUUCUGAAUUAUGGUCCUUGAAUUAUUCUAUAUAUGCCAAAUUAACUUUGUCUGCUCUCUGACUUAUAUAGUUUGAAUCCUACAAUCAUGUAACUGGUGAAAUUUGUGUAUGUAUAGAAUCUUUACAGAGUUCGAUAACCAGCCAGAUUGCCUGAAGCACUUAUGAAUUAUGGCUCUUGAAUUGUAAAAGUAAAUUGCUAAAUUAACCUUGUAUGACAUUUAACUCAAAUAGUUUUAAUCAUAUCAUCAUUAAACUUGGUCACAAUAUUUGCAUGCAUACAGUCACUGCCAAGUACCAAGUACCAGUCUGAUCAUGUGAAGCUUUUCUGAAUUAUUGCUAUUAAAAAAUCCAAAAUUUGCCAAAGAAAUGUUGUUCCCUCUAUAAUGCAAAAUCAAUGUAACAAAGAAAUGUAUACGGGUGAAGUUUUGACAAGUGAACAAUAUUGUUUAAAUGAUUUCUUUAAACACGAGGCAAAAGUAAAACAACAUGUAAAUUGAUAUAUCUCUUACAAUAGGUUUGCAGAGACUGCGUACUAGUCAUGAUAUCUGCUUGUGGAAAUACAAUCUUUUUUUCCAUGCAAACAGUACAUACUUGCUGUUUAUUACUUUACGAUUUACUAGGGUUUGUAGGGCUUUCCUCUCAAAUUUGAUAGAAACCUUUUUAUACUUGUACCAUGAAUAUUUUUAUGACGCAGAUAUCAUACAAAUAUAUUAUGUAUUUCACAAAAUUGCCCUGGUAAAUCUUUAAUCUCAUUCUGAGAGCUGUUUAUAAGCCUCAAGAGUAUGUUGUUAAUGUCACAUGUAGAACACUGAAAAUGUUAUUUUUACCGUGUUAUAACCUGUUCUUCCCUGGCCUCGUAUGGUAUAAGGCCGAUUUUGCAUAAUGUGGCUCAUUUGUGAUUGGCAGGUAUAUAUCCCACUGUUUUCUAUUGGCUUUGGUGUUUGGUUUGUUUCAUUUUUAGCUCACCUGAUUGCUCAGGUGAGCUUUUGUGACCGGUCUUUGUGCGUCGUCUGUCCGUCCGUCUGUCGUCCACAUUUGGUUUGUAAACACUCUAGAGGCCACAUUUAUUGUCCGAUCUUCAUGAAACUUGGUCAAAAGCUUUGUCCCCAUGAAAUCUCGGUCGAGUUCGAAACUGGGUCUUGCCGGGUCAAAAACUAGGUCACUAGGUCAAAAAAAAGAAAAAAACUUGUAAACACUGUAGAAGUCACAUUUCAUGCCCAAUCUUCAUGUAACUUUGUCAAAAUGUUUGUCUUAAUGAUAUGUUGGUUGAGUUCAAAAGUGGUUCCGGUCGGUUGAAAAACAUGGCCGCCAGUGGGCGGGGCAGUUUUCCUUAUUUGGCUAUAGAGAAACCUUGUAAACACUCUAGAAGUCACAAUUUUUGCCCAAUCAUCAUGAAAGUUGGUCAAAACAUUGGUAUUAUUGGUAUCUCGAACGAGUUCGAAAAUGGUCCAGAUCGGUGAAAAAACAUGGCUGCCAGUGGCCGGGGCAUUUUUCUCUAUAUGUAUAUAGUGAAAACAUGUGAACACUCUAGAAGUCACAUUUUUGGCCCAAUUUUCAUGAAAUUUGGUCAGAACAUUUGUUUCCUUGAUAUGAGAGUUGAGUUUGAAAAUUGUUCCGGUCAGUUGAAUAACAUGGCUGCCAGGGGGGGAGGGGGGCAGUUUUCCUUAUUUGGCUAUAGAGAAACCUUGUAAACACUCUAGAAGUCACAAUUUUUGCCCAAUCAUCAUGAAUGUUGGUCAAAAUAUUGGUUUUAUUGAUAUCUCAGACGAGUUCAAAAAUGGUUCAGAUCGGUGAAAAACAUGGCCCCCAGUGGGCGGGGCAUUUUUCUCUUUAUGUAUAUAGUGAAAACAUGUGAACACUCUAGAAGUCACAUUUUUGGCCCAAUUUUCAUGAAAUUUGGUCAGAACAUUUGUUUCCUUGAUAUGAGAGUUGAGUUUGAAAAUGGUUCCGGUCAGUUAAAUAACAUGGCUGCCGGGGGGGGGGGGCAGUUUUCUUAUAUUUAUAUAGUAAAAAUAGCUUUGAACACUGUAGAAGUCACAUUUUUUGCCCAAUCAUCAUGUACUUGGUGAAAAUAUUGGUUUUAUUUAUAUCACAUAAUUAAUGCCAUAAUUAUUGCCCUUAUAUUGUAAAAAUUUUCAUUAUAUUGUACAAAAUCCUUGUAAACACUCUAUAGGUCACAAUUUUGUUUCAGAUUUAUGAAUCUGGGUCAUAAUAUUUAUUUUUGUAAGCAAUGUUUGGUAAGAGGGUCUACUCAAAAUAUAGGUCACCAGGUCAAAUCUUACAAAAACAAAAUCACUCAAUAUGCCAGAGUUUUGGUUCAAUAAUGAUGAAACUUGACCAGGAUGUUUGUCUGGACAAUAUCUAGGUCAAGUUUGACGUUUGGUAACGAAUGAAUGAACCGACUCCUCUCAGGUGAGCGAACUAGGGCCAUCUUGUUUAUUAUUUGGCCCAAUCAUAUCAUUAGGCAAAGAUUUGCAUAGCUUUAAUGUUGGUUUUAUGUGAACAUAUUAAUAACAUAAUUUAAUUGCAUAGUAUGUAUUGUAACUGCUCAUGUUUUAUAACACAUUUUAUUCACAAUAUAAUAAUGCUAAAUAUAAAGACCUUGCAAGAUCAUAAAAAUAUUCUAUAACAUUUGCAAUACUCAACUUAAAUUGUUUAAUUUGCCAGGUCUUCUAUUGCAUAUCCAGUAAAAGCACUUGUUAAUCAAUUUGACUGUUACAUGAGACAAAUACUGAUUGCAAAAAUUUGAAGUAAACUAUUCCAUAUUAUUAAAUUUGAACUUUUUUGUACUGAGAAAUACAAAUUAUGAAACUUUGAAUUUACUUUAUUUGCGCUGAGAAAUACAAAAUAGUACUAAAUUGAUUUAUUGCUUUUUUGUCUGUCAAAAUGCAUGACAACAAAAUAUUCCAUAAAUUAAAGUAACCCCUGUCCAAUAUGAUUAAGGCUACUUUUUUCUCUUUUAUGUUCAGAUGGAUGAUAAUAAAUUGAUAUGUUGAAACAUCCACAAUGAUUUACCUGUAGCUAUGCUGUGGUACAGGUAUUUACCUUGGGGUACAGGUAUUUACCUUGGUUUGAUUAAACUACUAAUGUAUAAUCAGAUUUAAUUGUGUAUCCAAGAAUGAAUUACAAAAUAUUCAUUUGCUAGUUAUAUAAUUGAAACUUUCAAUAUGUGCUGACUAGUCUUUUUCUACAAUUGCAACUUAGAAUAUGAGCCAUUUGAAAGAGGUCAUUUCAGCUUUAAAGGUAGAAAAACAAUUUUCAGAAGCACAUUAAACUAAGAACAUUAAGAGAACUGUGUUCAGCUCUUAGAAUAAUAAAUCGUUCAUGUGUUGAAAAGAAGUAACUUUUGAAGCACAAUUAUUCAUUUAAUAAAAUGUUUAACCACACAAAAUGUGGAGUUUUUUGUCGAAUGUUAACAUGUCAGCUACAAUUAUUAGAAUUUCACUCGCACACAUUAAUUCUUAUAUAUGGAUACUUUCUCCAUUAAUUGUAAUGGUCACCUUUGAGAAUGUUUUUUACAUGUCCAUCAACCUAUGGUCAGGACCAUUCCAUAGAAUAUAGGUAUUAUAUUAAUAUUAUAGAUAUUAAUCAGAUAUGUUUUAGCAUCUAGUACCUUAAAGGGACCUUUUCACAGAUUUUGGCAUGUAUUGAAGUUUGUCAUGAAAUGCUUUUAUUGUCAUAAAUAUAAACAUUGGAACUAAAAAGCUCCAACAAAAAAACAAAAUAUAAUUUAAGAAAAACAAAAAAGUAAUCGGCUACUGGGCUUGAACCACUGACCCCUAGAGUAAAAGUCUAACAUAUCAACCACUCAGCCAUCCGUGAUCCUAUAGUGAAUGCUGUAUUUUAUACAUAAUAUAAGUAAUUCUCGUAAUGUCAGAAAAUAUAGUGAUAACAACAGAACUCUCCAAAUUAUUCAAUUGUUUUGUGUUUGAAAGGCUUAAUAAUUUUCAGGUUUUUAAAUCGUCAAAAGAUGCAUAUAAAGGUUAUUUUAGAGAAUGGUAAAUGUUCAGUUUUACUGCUAGCUUGCAAAUAUCAUAACUACAAGAAAAGUUUGCAAAUCUGAAACAUUUUUUUUUCAAGUAUGUCAAUUUACCAAAUCGUGAAAAGGUCCCUUUAAAAUUAUAAUUCAUUAUUGACUUUUGUGCAACAUUUCAAAAGUGUUAAAAUGUUAUAGAAUUAGACUCACUAUUGUAUAUACCAGGUUUUUACUAGUAAGGUAUAAUCCCCACCUCUUGUGAGUUGAUGUAAGUACCUUAAAGAGUUUGAUGCGUGUGAGUUGUCGCUUCCAUGGGUUGAUACAUGUCAGUUGUUGUAGCUCGUCAUCUUUUGUAUUGUGAUCUCCAAAAAAUAUGUCACUGAUUUGACACAAAAUAUCAGCAAAUCCCUUGAUAUUUUAUUUUGUUUUAAUUUAUGUUUUUGUGAAGUCAAAUGUAUAUUGUACAAUACCUGUGGAACAAAAUAAAUGUGGAAUUAUA